GCGGGGCUGCGCGCUCAUUUCCCCAGAGAGAGCUCGCGCGCCCGUACGCAGUGACGUAGAGACGCAGAGAGCGCUGGCCUCCUCCCUGGGCUCGGUCUUCAUGUAGUGUGUAAGAUGGCGGACUUCCUGCCGACUCGCUCCGUGCUGUCCGUCUGUUUCCCCAACUGUGUGCUCAACAGCCGGGAAGCCGAGCAGCAGCGCAAGUCCAAAGAGAUCGACCGAGUCAUCUCCCGGGAGAAGCCAUACGUCAAGCGGCUGGUGAAAAUCCUACUGCUGGGGGCCGGCGAGAGCGGCAAAUCCACCUUCCUCAAACAGAUGCGGAUCAUCCACGGUCAGGACUUCGACCUGCGGGCCAAGGAGGAGUUCCGGGCUACCAUCUACAGCAAUGUCAUUAAGGGUAUCAGGGUGCUUGUGGACGCCCGUGAAAAACUGCAUAUUCCCUGGGGAAGCUCCUCAAACCAGAAGCAUGGUGAAGUAAUGAUGGCGUUUGACACCCGCUCGUCAAUGGUUGCUCAAGGAAUGGUGGAAACCCACGUCUUCCUCAUGCACUUGGCAUCAAUAAAGGCGUUAUGGGCAGACAGCGGCAUUCAGCACGCAUAUGACCGGCGACGGGAAUUUCAGCUGGGGGAAUCUGUGAAGUAUUUUCUGGACAAUUUGGACAAGCUUGGAGAACUGGACUACCUCCCUUCCCAGCAAGAUAUACUGCUGGCUCGUAGACCCACCAAGGGAAUACAUGAAUAUGACUUCGAAAUCAAAAACGUGCCUUUCAAAAUGGUGGAUGUUGGUGGUCAGAGGUCAGAGCGGAAACGCUGGUUUGAAUGUUUUGACAGUGUCACCUCCAUUCUCUUCUUGGUCUCAUCUAGCGAAUACGACCAGGUACUGAUGGAAGACCGUCAGACCAAUCGCCUUACGGAAUCUCUAAACAUUUUUGAAACAAUAGUAAACAACCGUGUGUUCAGCAACGUCUCUAUCAUCUUGUUCCUAAACAAGACGGACUUGCUUGAAGAGAAAGUAAAACUAGUGAGCAUAAAGGACUACUUUCCAGAGUUUGAAGGGGACCCCCACUGCCUUUCUGAUGUCCAAAAGUUCCUGGUGGAUUGUUUCCGCAACAAGCGCCGGGAUCAGCAGCAGAAGCCUCUCUACCAUCACUUCACCACUGCUAUAAACACAGAGAAUAUACGCCUGGUUUUCCGCGACGUGAAAGAUACAAUUCUUCACGACAACCUCAAACAAUUAAUGCUCCAGUGAUUGCAGAACUUUUUUUUUUUUUUUAAAUAAUUCUUUUAUCUUUUUAUUGAUCUGGUAUUUUUUAUUUUUUUUUAUUUGAAGUUUACAGAAGUGAGUUGGUUAGCUCCUGGGACUUCUGUUGCUCUUCCAGUUUGGGAUUGUUGCCAUAUUCCAUGCCAAUUGUAGCCUUGCUCCACUCCAGUGCCUCUUAACCCAGCUUCAUGGCAGAAUUUGUAUUUCAAGUGGUAACACCGAUGCUCAGACUUUGUGUUGGGAGGAUAAAAAACGUAUGGCAAUCCAGUUUGGAUGAAACAUUUUGUGCAAAUGUCGUUGCUCAACCAAAAUCCUGGAUUGCCUGCUUCAAUCAAUGUCUUCUAUUUGUUGUGUUAAAAUAGUUAAUUGGCAAUGAGCACAAAAACUGUUUAUUAAAUUAGAUUUAUUUUAAUUUUUUUUUAUAUGCUGCAAAGAGAAGCAUUUUUAAAUCUUAUUUUAAGUUCCAAAAUUUAUUUUUCAGUGAGCGUGUGCUCAAUGCAUUUAGUUUUAUACUGUACAAUUCUAAAAACAUGAAUGGCUUAAAAAAAAAAACCUAGAGAUUUGCAAAAUGAUGCUUACUCUUGUUGUCGGGCGUCUGGGUUCCAUGAUUGUGUCCAAUUGUCCACAUUUUAAGGUCAGAACCUGCAAAAGGACACCCACCAUGUAGUUAGAAUACUUCCCAGAUUUAGAAUUGUGGACAAGUUGAGACACUGAGUCAGUGACUUGAAGUACCACUGAAGGGGGAGGGAAAACAUCUAAUAAAAUGCAGUAUGUUUAAGUAAUUAAUUAAAACCUCUAAGCUUUUCACACUGCUUGGUAGGAUGCUUUGUACAUGAAAUAGGUUCUGUAUAGCAUCUGAUUCAGUCUAUAAGAAAUGAUUUGCAGAAUAUUGAGAAAUCCCCAUGGGCAGUAUCACUAGUAAAUUUUAUUUUUUAAAUAAUUUCCUUCCUAAUGGGGCAUAGACACUCAUUUGGCGCAGUUGGUGUCUUCAGAAGUUGCCACAUAUGUUUUUGUUUUAUUUUAUUUGGACUCACAAUAGUGUACUUACAGUACAAAAUAUGGAUUUGUCAGAGAAUUUCUGAUCUUUCCCAUAGGACAAUAUAUUUGGAGUGUGUUUAAAAAUGUAAUGGUUGUGUGCCACAAUUGUCAACAGAUCUCUUGCAGUCACAGAUGAAAAAGAUGUGCUAGAGUUCAUUUUUCUCUUCUCUGCUACAUUUGUAUAGGGAUUUACUUUAAUGUAGUUCUCACUCACACAGCUUUUAUAUUGUAAGAGAGAAAAUACUUAGUAUUUGGAAGAACAGCAAAAUAAAACUAUGAUCUUUCCUAUUGUUA